CGCCACCGCCACCGCGCUCGCAACCCCCCUCUCCCCCUCCACCCCGCACCCGAGAUCUCCGCGCCGACGCUCCCCGCCCGACCGCACCACCGCCCGCCCGGCCCGCGCGGCGCGCCAGCGGGAAGCGUGCCGGUAGCGGAGCCCGACUCGACUGUGCCAAGCGGGAUUCGCUGCGCGCGCGCGCGGCGCGGUGACCGGACAGGCGGGGCUAGAUCCGCGAGAUCCCGCCCCCGCGUUCCCGCACCUUCAGUGAGCUUGUGUGUUUUGGCUGCAGGGAUUGUUCAGAGGCCUCAGCUACAGGGUGGGGCUGCUGAUCCUGAUCGGUUGGAGGAGAUGCAGAGGAAUGGCGUGCUGGAAUGCAGCGUCUGUCGCUCUAAGGUGGCGGUUCCGAGCCCCAGGAGUGUGUCGAUGGCAUAUGACAAGCACCGUAGCAAGAUAUCAUCCAAGUACCAUGCCCUUAAUGUCCUUCUCGUGUCUGGGGACUGCAUCUUGGUCGGCCUCCAGCCUAUCCUAGUCUUCAUGUCUAAGGUUGAUGGGAAGUUUCAGUUCAGUCCUAUCAGCGUUAACUUUCUGACAGAGGUUGCGAAAGUUAUUUUUGCCAUUAUAAUGCUAAUAAUCCAGUCUAGAAAACAAAAGGUGGGGGAAAAGCCGCUCCUGUCGCUUUCUACCUUUGUACAGGCAGCUCGUAGUAAUGUACUCUUAGCUGUUCCUGCUCUCCUAUAUGCCAUCAACAACUACCUAAAGUUUAUCAUGCAGUUAUACUUCAACCCUGCAACUGUGAAGAUGCUAAGCAACCUGAAGGUGCUGGUCAUUGCUGUUCUCCUAAAAGUUAUUAUGAGAAGAAAAUUCUCUAUAAUUCAGUGGGAAGCCCUUGCCCUAUUACUUAUUGGAAUCAGUGUCAAUCAACUUCGCUCCAUACCUGCGGGCACCAAUGCUUUUGGUCUUCCAGUCACCGCUAUUGCAUAUGCAUAUACACUAAUUUUUGUUACUGUCCCAUCAUUUGCAUCUGUCUACAAUGAGUAUGCUCUAAAAAGCCAGUUUGAUACAAGCAUCUACCUUCAGAAUUUGUUCUUAUAUGGUUAUGGUGCAAUUUUCAACUUCCUUGGCAUCUUAGGGACUGUCAUAUUUCAAGGUCCAGAGAGUUUUGAUAUCCUUCGAGGGCAUUCGAGGGCAACGAUGUUUCUCAUUUGUAACAAUGCGGCACAAGGCAUUCUCUCCUCUUUCUUCUUCAAGUAUGCAGAUACUAUUUUGAAGAAGUACUCAUCAACAGUUGCCACAAUUUUUACUGGUUUAGCUUCGGCUGCAUUUUUGGGACAACCUUUGACUGUUAACUUUCUUCUAGGCAUCUCAAUUGUAUUUAUUUCAAUGCACCAGUUUUUCUCUCCACUAGCCAAGGUCAAAGAUGAAAAAACAGCAGGAACAGUGGAGCUGGGAGAUGCACAAAAUCAUAGAUCCGAGUCUUCUUUUGUAAAUAUGACUGCUGGUGCUGCUGACGAUGCAAGCCAUCUUAGCGCAACUGAUGAGAGGAAACCGCUGUUGCCAAUUUGAGAUUCUAUUUGAGGUAGGUAUAGAAGAGAUUCUUUUUUGCCGAGAGUAGAACAAAUGCUCUUGUAAACUUUAUAAGCAAAAGAAAUAUCAUACAUAUGCAGUUCAGGCCACCUUGUUCCUCUGUUUUCUUGUGUUUUUUACACCCUCAGCUUAGGGGCCAACAUAUGGCAGUAGUUAGUGCCUUAUUAUACACAACUAAUGUAAUGUGUAUUACAUACAAUUAUUCUUUCCCCUAUUUUCCGGGGCAAAAUGCUAUACUACUUGUAUCGAU